CGCGGGACGAGCCAGGCUAGCCAGCGGCUGGUCCGGACUCCGGCGUUCUCGACAUUCGUUCUCGAGCCGUUGUGUGCAGUGGACGUAUAACGGAUCAAUCGUCAUGGCCAGACUGUCUUUCUUCUCCUUGGCUUUGCUGCUGGUGCUGGGUACCCUAGCUGCUAGCCAAGACAUCGGUAUCCCAGAUGUGGAAAAUGGAUUAAUUGAAGAUGGUGACAAAACUAACACCACACUUGCACCACCCACCACACCACCAGCUACCACAACGGCAAAGAGUACGACCACUCCUGAAGCGACCACCACCACACCUGAGCCCACUACCACUACCACCACCACCACACCUGAGCCCACUACCACCACCACCACCACACCUGAGCCCACUACUACUACACCAGAACCUACCACCACCACCACACCUGAACCCACUACUACUACACCAGAACCUACUAACACCACCACUCCUGAACCAACUACAACCCCAGAACCCACGACGACGACCCCAGAGCCUGUAACCACCUCGGCUCCUGAUACCAACUUCAACUAUAACAUUACAGAGAAUAAUGUCACCUGUGUUAUGGUACAGGGAACCAUCUCCUUUACAGUUAAUUACACUGCAAAAGCCAAUAAAACUGAAGUGGUCACAGUUACUGUCCCAGAGCAUGGAGCAGCUGUGACUGGCAGCUGCAAUGGAACUGAAGGCGAACAGUACAUUGAGAUCACCUGGGGUCCUGUGAAUGAAACCUCUUCAACCAGAAUGACCUUCAACAGGACAAAGGACACAUGGUCGUUGAUCGAUUUUACAGCUACUGUCUUUAUGGGCAAGAACUUUGUAAAUGCAACUGUUUAUGGUGAAAAGUUGGAUCUUGUGAUGAACUACAACUUCAGUCCUCUUGAAAUUGGUGUCAACCGUAGCUUCAACUGCCAUUCACAUCUGUCUGCUUUCAACGUGACUGGAAGUCUAGAUGGUGCAGAAUACGAUCUUCCUCUGGGAUCUGACUUGACUAACAUCCAGAUUCAAGCCUACAAUGAAAUCAUUGGAGAAAGGGACUUUGUUGAUUCUGUUCACUGCACGGCUGAUAACACCUCCGAUGUUGUACCGAUUGCUGUGGGCUGUGCCCUGGCUGGCCUGGUUGUUAUAGUCUUGAUUGCUUACCUUGUAGGACGCCGCCGACGAUCUGCUGCAUAUCAGUCAGUUUAGGAUAUUUUGUUAAAUGUAGGUUAAUUUGAUUACAUAUUGAUACUGUACAGCUAUUAGAAAUGUGACAAACUGAAUUGUCAAGAAAUUGAAUUGUAUAAUUUGGAGUAAGAUUAAUUUGUUACUGUGAUAGUUAAGAUGUAAAUUUUCUCUUUAUCAAUGUUUCUUAAAGUUGCAUAGCUGUAGCUCAGCUAAAUUUGCACCUUUGUGAUCUUGAUCAAAUUUAUGAAAGAUAUUAAAAUGGUCUGUUAUGCUACUGUGAAAUCUGGACAUCAAUUGGAUUAUUACCAGAUUUUUUUCCAUUUUCAAUUAUGUAGAAAUGGUCAACAAUUAUUUUCUAAAUUGCAACUUUGAUGACCUGGGAAUAGUUAGUGAAGGUUGUGGUAGCUGCCUUAGAAGUCAGUCUGUAAGAGGGGGGAGGGGGGGCUGGGUUGGGGUGGGAGUGGGAGGGAAAAGAAAGAACUCAAGAACCUCGACCUGGGACAACUCGACACAGUAGCAACUUUCAAUACCCCUUGGAGGGACAGUCAAGGACUUUCUGCAAUGUUUAUACAUCUGAUCCAGCCUUCUUCGUAAAUGGGGAAAAUAGGGGACAUGCGUAUAAAAGGGGUACUAGAAGAUUAUUGAUACACAGCCUACAAUUUUCUUUUGUCAAAAUGAUUUGACCUCCCAUGUACAUAAUUGAGAGCUCUAUAUUUCCCACAAAAUUCUUAAAGGAAUAUUUACGGAAGUUCUUUGGAAAGUGUGAAUGGUGUGCGAUUGAUGCAAGUGAACUUUUUUGUAUGUCAUUCCAGGUGAAAAUGCUGCCCUUAAUGAUUUUUGUUAAUUUGUUAUUCAGCGUAGAUCUGAUUUGAUAAUUUACAUUAAUAGCCAUUUCCUUUGAAAAUCUGUAAUAACUCGAGGCAAGUUUAUUUGGGGAGUUAUUGACAGUGGCUGGAUGAUCCAAAAGACCUGGAUUUUAUUCAGAAUGAAGAACAGGAAUUCUGUUAAAGGUUGGCUUUUUGGUGCUUCUCAAAUUUGGCUACUUAUCAUUUGGCAAGUUGAAAUCAAAUUGUGUAAUGCAUCUCUUGGCUUUCAACUUUUUUAUCCAGCUGUUAAUGGAUACCUAAACCUAAUAUUUAGGCUGAAAUGGCUGUUGAUGUUUUUGGUAUAGUACUUGUAUGCUAGGUGUUUUAGGGUGGCUUCAUUUAACUUUUUUUUAUAUAUAUAUAAUUUUAUAUUUUUGAAUGUUUCAAUUGGUGUCUGUCCUGUCCAAUUAGUGAUUGCCUUUGCAUGCAUGCCAAAGGGGGUGUAUGUAAAGAUUUUUUUUUUUUUUUUUUUUUUUCAAAGGAAUUAUAUGGCAGAUUAUUAAUUUAUGCAACAUUGAGCAGUGGCCUCAAAUGCUGCCUGCAUUGUAAGAAGUGGUGUCCAGCAGAAUUGUUGUGAAUGGUAGUCACUACAUUCCAGUGAUCAAGAUUUAAGGAAGCUCUAAUGAAAAAUCUACAUCAUGAACUGUUUUUAUUUAAGCCAUUUAUUGAAAAUGUAUAUAUAUCUGGAGUAACCACAUGGAUCAUUGGCAAGAGUGGUUUUGAAAUAUAUCCUUGGCCAAAUUAUAAACCAAAAAUUUGUAUUUAAAGUCAUGGGUUUGUGAAAGGUUAAUGUUUACAUUUUCAAAACAAGUAUUUUUUCAUUAUUCAUCUAAUGCCCAAGACUUAAAUGUAUAAAAAUUGUUAUGGAGAGCUAUUUUAUCGUGUAAACUGUUUGUAAAUUUUUCAUUAAAGUUAAAUUACAUAUUGUUUUUGAUUUGUUGAAAUUCAUUCCUAAAUGAAUGCAAAUGGUAAAAUAUAAAAUAUAUAUUGCUGUUAAAAGGCAUGGUUCAACUGAUCUUGUUUAAAUCUAGGGCCUGACUUGUCAGUUCCUAGCCAAAUGUUGUUUAACUGCAAAAAGCCCCACAGCAGUAGACUACACACACUUCUUGCUUAAAUAACUUUGUAUAGUAUUUCUCGUUUGAGCAACAUAGAGCACGAGGAGUUAUCCCCUGUUUCACCAUAGUUUCGUUUUUCGUGAAGUGUAUAUUUUUUUUGAAGAAACAUUGAAACUGAUUUGCAAAUUCAAAAUUAUUGAUGCUAGUCGGACACUCGAAUGCGAGUUUAGACCGUUUCAUAUUAGCCAAUUCUUGUUUUUGUUUGGUAAUAAACUGAUUAUUAAUCCUGUUUAUAUAAUCUCUAAAUUUAACUUGUCUUUAUGGAUAUUGAUAAUUUCAUUAAGCUACUCAGACAAUUUGAAAUUGUACCUUGGGAAGCCCGGAGAUACCCAAGGAAAAAAAAAAAACCCUCGUUUGUGUUAUUGCUGGCUUCCCUCAGCCCCAAGAUUUUGCACCAAAAGUACCGAUUCGGCCUAGAUAGCCUCUUAUGACCAGACCUGCGCUUAGAGAAGACAGUUGAACCACGUCUUUCAUGUAUCAACCAGAAAUUGAGGAAUAUUCUACUUUUGUUGAUAAGAAUUAUUGUACCCAAUGCAAGGGAAAAAGUGCAUCAUGUCAAAUACCUGCCUUGCUAAAGACUUGUAGCCUUUUGACUACAUGCAGUACACAUCCAUCUUGUAUCUCACGUGAAUUUUUUCAAACAUUGAUGUAACUGUCAGAGUACCUGUUAAUGUACUUGGCAAUAUAAAAAGGCAUUUAAGGUACUGUUUUUUAAAUAAAAUACCAUACAUGGUGAAAGCCAUUGCAUAGUCAUAAGUACUGUGUACUUCAUAGAAUUUAAGACUUAAUUGCAUAAAUUUUUAUUUACUCAUGAUUGCAUGAAGUAAGCAAAAGCAGUCUGCAGCAUGAAAAUCUUGCUUUAAAGGUAUAUUGGGUCUUGCUAGCUAUUUGAUAAAAUUGGGGCCAAAGCAAAUUUCAAAAUUAGCUUCUGAAUCUUUAAAAGUGCAUGACAUUUUGCAGAAACAGGGCUGUCCCUACAGAUUUAUGCAUGGUGGAAGUAUAUACCCACAAGGCCCACUAGUCAAACAUGCAAGAGAAAUACAGUACACUUAAAUGGGUGCUGUAACUUGCGAAGGCUUAGUUACGUGAUGGAGCAGUGGUUGCAGGCAAAAGCUAGGUUGUCUGUUGACACACUGGCAAACUAUAUGCGUGGCCAUGCUGAGGCUAGGUAACCAAAUAGUGACUAGUAGUGUAAGGGCUCUGUCAACAAUAACCCACUUAGGAUAUGGUGGUGGUAGUUUGCAUUUUAGCCAAAGUAAUUAUUGAACAUCUUUAGCUUGCUGCCCACUGGAAGUCACUUUACCAAUUUAAAUUGAGAUCUUUGCCUUUGUACACCAUGCUCAUUGAAUUGCAACCCCUGAUGGUCACCUUGCUCUUUCCUGACUUUGGAUGCUGUGGUCAGCAAUGCAAGAGUGCCUUGCAGACCAUACGUUGUUGGUGCAAACACUGCUGAUCAUGUGGAUGAGGCUUAGUGCAUGCUACCAUGCUUCCCAUCUAUUGUAGGGUUUUGUAGAAGAUUUCUGAAAAACAUCACUUGUUUAAAAGACUUGAUAUGGUACAACCACACAGUUUAGAUUUGUAAAACUUACUGCAAAACAUCCUCUGAGUUAUACCUUCUUGAAACAAGUUUGUAUUUAUUGACACGCAUUUACUGUAGUUACUUUUAUGCAUACAUGCUACAAUUUUUCUUUAACUCUUUACCACUAACAUGUAUCAUUUAAUAACCUUUUACAUAUGGGCUGUUUAUAAGAUAAAUGUACUUCCUUGAGAGAGGUCAUUUCUAUAAAUUGGUCUUGUGAUUGUUAUUACAAAUAUUGUUAACCUCUCUUGAUAUUUACGUAACAGUUGAGCAUUAGAUAUUGCCUUCAGAAUUUGAUUGUGAAUGAAUAAAAUGAUUUUGAAGUUUA